GAGUUACAUAUGAAAAUUGCUUUAAACUAUUUUUCAUUUAUGGGUAUUAGGAUUACCAAUCUUGAAUAUAGACUAGAAUAACUAUAUGAAAAAUUAUAUUGAAAAUUAAUAUGGGUGAUCUAUCAAAUAAGUCAUUAAGUUAUUGAGAUAUUCAUUUCAGUAAAAUCUAGUAAUCGAAAAUGAGCCUAAAUAAAAACGAGAGCUAGCGAUUGAAAUGUUAUAGAAAGAAAAAACAGUAGCGUAGAGGUGGGGACCAAAGCACCGCCUAAAACAUGAGAUUGAUGUCAUUGUCAUAAGCACAAGGAAAAAAACAAAAGCUACAUAUCUCUAUCUCUUCUCUUCUUCCUCUCUCUUCCUAACCCUAAUUUACCAAUUACCAACCAAAGCAAAUUAAGCAGACAACCCCCACAGACACCUCAAAACACCAACACAUCUCAAAUAAACCAAAAAAGAAAAUUCCAAAAGGAGAGAGUGAGAAAUUAAAACCCACCAAAAGCCCUUUUCACUUCCUCCCAAGUACAACUCAAAUCAGAAGAGAAUAAGAAUACAAGAGUAGAGAGAGAAAAAAACCCCUUACCAAAUCAAUCAAAGAAUAAGAUGAAGAAGAAAUUUCCAGCUUGAUAUUUGUUGUGAAAACAUUUUUAUUCUUUUCCUCUUCUAUCUAGAGUCUCUCCUAGGUCAAAUCAUCAAAAUCAAUUCUCAUCUCAACAAAGAAUGGAUCCAGUUCAAUCUCAUGGAUCACAAAGCUCUCUUCCUCCUCCUUUCCACGCUAGAGACUUCCAAUUACAUCUUCAACAACAACAACAACAACAACAACAUCAACAACAACAGCAGUUCUUUCUCCACCAUCAUCAGCAGCCGCAGAGAAACCCUGAUCAAGAUCAUGAGCAGCAAGGAGGGUCAAUAAUGAAUCGAUCCAUCAAGAUGGAUCGUGAAGAGACAAGCGAUAACAUGGACAACAUCGCUAACAACAACAGCGGUAGCGAAGGUAAAGAGAUGAGUUUACACGGGGGAGAAGGAGGAAGCGGUGAACAGAUGACAAGAAGGCCAAGAGGAAGACCAGCAGGAUCCAAGAACAAACCUAAAGCUCCAAUAAUCAUUACAAGAGACAGCGCAAACGCGCUUCGAACUCACGUCAUGGAGAUCGGAGAUGGAUGUGACAUAGUUGACUGUAUGGCUACGUUCGCUAGACGCCGCCAAAGAGGCGUUUGCGUUAUGAGCGGUACAGGAAACGUUACUAACGUCACGAUACGUCAGCCUGGAUCGCCACCUGGCUCAGUGGUUAGCCUUCACGGCCGGUUUGAAAUCCUCUCUCUUUCCGGAUCUUUCUUGCCACCGCCUGCGCCUCCUGCAGCCACUGGACUAAGCGUUUACCUAGCUGGAGGACAAGGGCAGGUCGUUGGAGGUAGUGUGGUGGGACCUUUGUUGUGUUCGGGUCCUGUAGUGGUUAUGGCGGCGUCUUUUAGCAAUGCGGCUUACGAGAGGCUACCUUUGGAAGAAGAUGAGAUGCAGACGCCAGUUCACGGAGGCGGUGGAGGAGGUGGAGAAGGAGGUGGAGGAGGAGGAGGAGGAAUGGGAUCUCCGCCGAUGAUGGGGCAGCAACAAGCUAUGGCAGCUAUGGCGGCGGCUCAAGGACUACCACCGAAUCUUCUUGGUUCGGUUCAGUUGCCGCCGCCACAGCAGAAUGAUCAGCAGUAUUGGUCUACGGGUCGACCACCGUAUUGAUUAUUAGAUUGCUAUUAUUAUUAUAUACACAUGAUCAAUCGAAUAUAUACAUAUAUAUAGCUAUGUAUUUGUAUAUAUGUAGCUAUCUACUAAUAGAUCUUACAUAUAUAUAAAGCAAGCUAACAUGGAAUGAUUAUAAGGAGGUGUACGAAGUAUGACGUGAAGUUGAAGAUGGCGAUGAUGAAGAUCAACAAUUCAGUAGAUGUUUCAGGUUCUUCUUUGUUUUUUUGUUUGUUUUCUUGUGUUCGUUUUAGUGGUAGAUCUUUUUUCUUAAAUGUUUGAUUAAGUGAGGUUAAUUUAAGUUGUUCUUUACUUUAUUGAGAUUGCUUUGAUGAAUUUGAUUCUUAAUUAUGUUCGGUUUGUCUUCCUUGUUUACAACAAUUACUUAUCCAAAUUAAUUUUUUCCUUGUUUACAAGAA